AUGAAUGCAGGCCCCCAGGAAGCUUUGAUCUCCGUGUUUCUGCAGUUCAUUGAGGAUCGUGGCCGCUGGGCCUACGGGGCCCUGAGCCAGACGUGCCACCCCCGGGAGCAGCUGCGCAACGAAAUGAACCUUCUGUACCGCAAGAGCAAGGUGGAGUGGAAACAGAGCAAGGACGACGAGCCCAAGAAGAGGUAGGCGAGGGGUGGAGGCGUUGGGCCCUGACGUGCUCCGCAGGCGCCGAAAAGGCAAUGGGGGGUAUAGCGUUAGGCAGGGGUCCAUACAAAGGUUGUCCAUGGAGUUCACCCACCAGUGCUGGGCAGCAAAGGGCACAUUCGGAGGGACCUGGGUAGCCGCCCGGCACCACUGGAACUCCCUUCAGCUGGAGACCUGGCAGGGCCCAGCCCCUGAGAAUCUUUCUCAACAGCUGGGAGAUCAUUUCAGGCAGGCAGGAUUCUGUCUUGGAACUAGCUUGGAUCUGAAGUGGGUCUCUAAAGGAUGUUGUGGACAGCCAGGUUUUGAGGGCUGCAGGCCAAACAGAAUUCAAAACAAAAAGACCAAAGCCCAGAAUGCCUUGCUCUGAGCCAGGCCCAGAAUAAACCCAAGAAAAACUUGGUGUGCUUUUAAAUGUCUCGGUCACCUGCGAGUUUGAGGCUGCUAUUUUUGUGGAGUGGUGCUGCGACGGCUUUUAUUUCCGUUUUUCUCAGAUGACUCGCGAGGCCUGUUUGGAUACUGUUGUCACUGCUUAAUGUUGUGGUUUUUCCUUUGGUUCUCUUUUACAAGUCCGGUUUGAAAAUAACGGCAGCUGGCCUCUUGAUAUGCCAGUUCCGAUCUUAUAAUGGUCUGUAUUUGACCUCAUGCAAAGCUUACUUGUGCGUUGGCUGUUUUUCUUGCGGUGUGUUUGAUCUAGCCACCCAGGUCCUGAGAUCAUACCUUGCUUAUCUUCAUUCCCAACGCUGUUAUGGUGAUGUAUAGCAGAACAGUGAGGCGAGACAUAGGUUGUCUGCUUUUCCUUGAUUGCUGCAGAACCUUGAAUAGAGAGAAGGGCCUUCGCUUAGGCGGAGAGCACCUGCUUGGCAUGCAGAAGGUUUGAUCCCUGAUGACAUCUUCAGGUUAGGCUGGGAAUGGCCCUUGUCUCAAACCCUGGAGAGAGGCUGCCAGCCAGUGUAGGCAAUACUGAACUAUAUGGAUGAGGGGAUGGAUAUGGCAGCACCGUAUAUUCAUUAGAAACCAAAGUGAGAACCUCUUUCCAAUUCCAAAUCCUUCUUUUUCCUUCAGUGCUCCCAGGCAUUUUCCAAGUAUGCUCUUCGCUCAAUGAAACAGGCUAGCCUGCUCUUCCCCAACCCGGUGCCCUCCAGACAUUUUUGGAUUACAACAUCUAUCGGCCUCAACAUCACACAACCAUGCCGGCUGGGGCUGAUGGGAGUUGUAGGCCAAAAUAUCUGGAUGGCACCAAGUUGAGGAAAGCUGAUGCAAGGAGAGGGGUAGUAUGUGGGAUGUGAAACACAAGAGCAGUCGAGUACAACAUUCCUAGAGUGAACGUGUUUACACAUGGGGAGGAAGGUUUGUCCAGCCAGCAGGUAAACUUCCUGUUUCCUUCUGGGCUGGGACAGACUUCCCCUGCAUGCCCUGAACAUUCCCACAUAGCAGAGGUGUGAGAUUGUCAAGAGGAAGGGGCCUUGCGGGUUAAACUGUGGAGGAGGACCAUCAAGAUGAUGAACUUGAGGGAGUUGGGGAUGUUAAGCCUGGAGAAGAGGAGACUAAGAGAUGACAGGAUGGCCAUCUUCAAAUAUCUAAACGUCUGUCCCCUGGAAGAAGGAGCAAUCUUGUUUCCUGCUGCUCUGCGGGGCAGGACCCAAAUGGAUUCAAACUGCAAGGCAAUUCCGACCGAAUGUUAGGAAGAAUUUUCUGGUAGUAAGAGCCGUUCAGCAGUGCAACGGACUCCCAUCGGAGGUGGUGGACUCUCCUUCAAUGGAGGCUUUUAAUAAGAGAUGCACAAUAAUAAGCUGCUCAUUGUGCGUUGUGGGGGGGGGUUUGGACUAGAUGACCCUUGGUGCCCCUUCCAACUCUACAAUUCUAUGAUUCUAUGGAGAGGAAGAGCUUAGAGCAGGGGUCGGCAAGGUUUAACGGCCAUGGGCUGGAUCACUCCCACGGAGAUUGUCUGUGGGCCGGACUGGUGCUGCGCAAUUCCAGAAAUCGAGUUUGUGCAUGUCCGCGGUGCCGAAAAUCUCUUUUGCACAUGCCCAGACGCCAAAAAUCACUCCUGCGCAGAAGCGACUAUUGGCGUCUGGACAUGCGCAGAUGCGAUUUCCAGUAUCUGCACAUGCGCAGACGCGAUUUCCGGCGCUGCUCAGCAAGUCCCCACACCACGCUGUGCUGAUUUAGUGCAGCGCAUGGCGGACCUGCCAAGCAGGCAGCUCGGUUCAGGGGCGGCUUGUGGGCUGGUAAAAAUGCCCUUUGUGGGCUGCAUCUGGCCCAUGGGCCGCACGUUGCUGACCCCUGGCUUAGAGAGUGAUUCCCUGCAACGACUUCACUGUUCCUGGAACCCACCAGUGCCUGGUGGCGUCUUGCUGCCCUUGACCGGUUUUCCCGAGCGCCAGCCACCUGGCCUUAAAGCCCCUUGGUUUGUCUCCCCUACACAUUAUUUUUGAGACGCCCCGCUCUCUCUUGGCAGAUGUUCUCCCCUCUGGCCCUAAUCCGCGUGCCCUGGUGGAAGUUUUCCUGCCUGGACUAAGUGCUCUAUAUAUAGCCCCUGGUGUUUUUCACAGGCGUUUAAAAAGCCCAGGUUAUCCUCAGAUAAUCUGGGGUGGAGGGGGGGGGGGCAGGCCGCAUUCGCUGAAUGGUGGGAUGGGGAAUGAGAGUCUGCCUUCCCCAUCUGAUACAGAAAAGCUGCUCUAAUGAUUGGCUAUUAUUUGGAGGGGCAGAUUGUCCGUGAGAUCUCAGGCUCAGUGGCUCAGGCAGGACCCAGCAAGUGCCGGGCAGUGGGGGCCUGUCCUCGCCGCAUAAGAAGAGCCUGUUGGAUCAGGCCCACAGGCCCUCUAGCCCAGCAUCCUGUUCUCACAGUGGCCAGGCAGGUGCCCAUUACGGAAAACCCACAAGCAGGAUUCGAACACAAGAGCAACUCUCCUCUCCUGCAGUUUCCAGCAACUUGUAUUCAGGAGUAUCGCUGCCUCCAGCUAGUAGCCAUAAAUGGUCCUCUCCACCUCCGUGAAUUUGUCCAAUCCUCUCCUAUUUAUCUGUUAAAUUUGUAUACCGCCCUUCACCCAUAGGUCUCAGGGUGGUUCACACAACAUAAAAAUACAGUAUGAAAACACAGAGGACAGUGGUGCCUCGGGUUAAGAACUUAAUUCGUUCCGGAGGUCUGUUCUUAACCUGAAACUGUUCUUAACCUGAGGUAAUAAUAAUAAUAAUAUAAAUAAAAUAAUAAUAAUAAUAAUAAAUUUUAUUUAUACCCCGCCCUCCGCAGUCAGAGCCAGGCUCAGGGCAACUCUGACAGUAAAAACAUAAUGGGGGGGAAUUUAAAAUACAGGUUAAAAUGCAAUUUAAAAUGCAGCCUCAUCAAAACCAUAAGGGGAGGGAAACAUAAGGGUCAGACUGAGUCCAAGCCAAAGGCCAGGCGGAACAGCUCUGUCUUGCAGGCCUUGCGGAAAGAUGUCAAGUCCCACAGGGCCCUGGUCUCUUGGGACAGAGCGUUCCACCAAGUCGGGGCCAGUACUGAAAAGGCCCUAGCCCUAGUUGAGACCAAUCUAACCUCCUUGAGGCACAAUACCUCCAAAAUGUUGUCACUUGUGGACCUUAAGGACCUCCGCGGGGCAUACCAGGAGAGGCGGACCCGUAGGUACAAGGGUCCUAGGCCGCAUAGGGCUUUAAAGGUCAAAGCCAGCACCUUAAACCUGACCCUGUACUCCACCGGGAGCCAGUGCAGUUGGUAAAGUAUGUACCACUUUAGCUAGUGGGGCCUCUGGCUGCCGCCGCCGCACGAUUUCUGUUCUCAUCCUGAAGCAAAGUUCUUAACCCGAGGUACUAUUUCUGGGUUAGCGGAGUCUGUAACCUGAAGCGUCUGUAACCCGAGGUACCACUGUACAUGAUAAGGCACCUAAGUCAGUAGCCAUCCCUGUCUCCUGUGGCAGUGAGUUCCAUAGUUUGUGUUGCACGAAGAAGGGGUUUAUCUGUCCUGUGACUCUAUCCCCCUUGUGUGUUGGCGGGUAAGAUGGGCAGCUUCCACGAGAGGUACUGCCUCGCCUGGAUUUCCUUGCGCAUACAGUGAGAGGAGGAGGCUGGUUGAGGGAAGAGCGCUCUGCAUAUGUACAACGGAAUUUUAAUUCUCACUUGUUAGACACUGGAAAACAGGUCCUGGGGCUAAAGCUCGCUGAGUUCUGGGUCAAAUCAAGCCUUUGCUGGUUUCAGCCUGCGACUGCGUGACUCAGGGGAGCAUCAGCAAAAACAGUUCCUUGGAGGGGCUUUGAUUUCUGCUCCAGACGGAUGAUUCACAAGAACACUUUUGACAUGGCAGCUGACUUUUACGGACAGGCAACCUUUCUGCCAUUUUGAAGAGAAAACAUUUAUGCAGUCCUUCCAGUUGCAAAGCACUGCGCAGUCCUGAACAUGUUUGUUCCCACAGCAGCCCUGUGAGGUGGGCCGCUGCUGGUCCCAUUUUACAGGCAAGGUGCUGAGGGGUUUGUUUUUUUGGGAGGGAGUGUGGUGGCAAAUGACAUGUUGGGCCCGUGUCCAAGGUGGGAUCUGAACUCAGGUUGUAUUCCACAGUACCUUUCAGCUUAAGGCCAAGCUAGUGCCUGCUUUUCUCAGUGGCUGUCACAAAAUCAUAGAAUUUGCAGAGUUCCCCCAAAGCUCAUCUAGUCAGCAAAAGAAUCCCUGAUGUUCAAACUGUGUUUGACAACCUCCAGCGAAGGAGAGCCCACCACUUUCCAAGGGAGUCCGUUCCACGGUCGAAUGGCUCUUACCACCAGGAAGUUCUUCCUAACUUUCGGUUGGCCUCUCCUUUCUUGCAACUUGAAUCUGUGGGUUCAGAUGUCCCUUCCAAACCUGGACCCAAGUGGUGGGGCGUGACAUCAAGCAAUUUCAUCUCAGCCAGCUUUGGCUCUAACAGAAAACGGUGAAUUUUGCCCACGUUUUGUUUCACCAAGGUCUUCGGUUCACCACUGUGUGUUUUCCAAAACUCAGCAACCCACAGUGGUUCAGAGCAGAAGAAUGUGUGUAGCCACUGGGGACUAAUCUAGUCCAACCUCCCGUUUUCCACUGCAGUUUAACCAGCUGUCUCUUCUGGGAACCCCACAGGCAAGAGCAGAGGCCUGGUGUUACUCCCCAGCGAUUUCACAUCCAGAGGCAUGCUAAUUUUGAUCACGGAGGUAACAGAGUCCAUAGCUCAGUGGGCAGAGCAGCUUCUCUGCGUGCAGAAGGUCCCAGGUCCUGUUCCUAAUGGCAUCCUGCUCCCUUGCUUGCAUAAUUUGGAGGUUCUGAGCAUGGCCCAUAGCGCAGUGCCUGAUCUGUCUCCCUCCAGCAGGCUCACUCAUUGAUGCUGCCCUCCAGCUGCCAUAUAGAAUUUCCCAGAAUGCCUUGGAAUGCCCAAGUGCUGCCCCAGUGCUUUGUGGGAAAUGAGGUUAGCAGCUUGUAGCUUUCUGCCACCUGGUGGGGAGGGUCCGGAGCAGGUGUUGGCACCAGCAAGUCCUGCUGGAGCUCUGGCAAAUGCCCAAAGAUGCCAGCUGCUGAACACCUGGGUGAGGGGAUAAGGCUGCCUCUGCCUAGGAUUAGUGUCGUGGUAACUUUUUCCAAAGGGUGAGCUUACUCAUCCUCUUCUCUUGUCGUCUUGGAUCAGGCUCAGCCUAACCCCGACCAAGUUCUGCCCUGUGUACCAGCCAAGCCAGCAAGCCCACUCCAUUCUGCCCCUCUCCCCCCCCCCUCAGCUUGUUUGACAUUCCUGAAUUCCCAUUUUGAUCUGCCCUCUUCUUCAGUUUGUUGAGGUGGUUCUGAGCGCUCAGCCUGGCCUCCAGAUGCAUUCUCCAAGAGGCCGGGAGGGAGACCGCCUCCACAGCUACCCUCGCAGCUGCCUCACUCCCACUUGUCCCAGAGAUAAUGAAACCUGCUUGGGGUGGGGAUUGUUUCCCCCCUCCCCUGGUUCGCAGGAAGUGAAGGGUUAAAGGCACCAGCAGGCUGAUGUUGCCUGGCUCCUGCAGGUCACCCAGACGCAGUUUCCAUGGAAACUGCUGGGCCAUCCGCCAGCAUCCUGCUGCAUCCUCAUACUUUUGGUACCCAGGACCCUUCACUCCAGCGAAUAAAACCAGGGAAGAGAAAGAGAGGAGAUGCUGAAGGUCUGCCAGCGGGAGGCUGGGAGAGGUGUGGCCAGAAGGAAGUCAGGAGGAGGGUGGCUGAGGAAGGAGGAGGGUGGCACAUCGUGAGGAAUCGUGAUGCGAUGUCAGUGGGCGGGUGGGUGUGGAGGUGGGAAAGCUGGGAGGAUGAAUGGCGGUGAGCAGGGGGUGGGAGGUGUUGGGUUGCGUAGGGGAGGGAGGGGUCUUCGAAAGGCAAAGCCCCAAGUGGUUUGGGGGCAACAGGAGCAUUAUUGGACCAGCUGGAAAGGUGUGAAUGGCACCUAUUUGGCAUGCAGAUGGUCCCCAUCCCAAUCUGAAUCUCUGGAGUGCUGGUGCCAGUCAGCACAGAAGAGACUAAGCUUCUUGGAGCAAUGGCUUAAGGCAGCAAGUUUUGCAGUUGCACAGAAUUCUUAAGGGACCCUGCCCUGGAGACCAAUUCCUUGCAGUUCAAUGGCCUGCUAGCUUCCUUCCUGAAACAAAAAUGGUCCCAACUGAAGGUACCCUGCGAAUCAUUCUCCGUCUGGCCUGUCUUCCUUUGGUACUGGUGCAGCCGCUGUAAAAAAUGUGGACUAACAAUGUAGGGAAAGGCCUGCGUCUGGGCCAAACAUUGCGGCUGACCUAGCUGUCUUAGGCUACGGGCUUAAGGCAGCUUUUGCCAACCGUGCCAGCUGGGGGCUGGUGGAAGCUGUAGUCCAAAGCAUCUAGAGCACACCACGUUGGCGAAGAAAACUAACUUAGGAGAUGGGCAGGAUGCAGGAAGGCAGUCUGUGGAGUGAGCAGAUAAGAGGGGACCAUUCGGGAAGCAGGAUGGGGCAAAGGCAGAUGGGCAUGAAAUACGCUCUUCCCUCUCUCUCUCCUCAUCUGGCCAGCUCCUUUCUUGCUUGGCUGUGGAGAUUGCUGCAGGCAGGCACUCGCUCCUUCCUCCGUCUCACCCAGAUCUGGUGUGAUGACUGGAGGGUGGGAUCUGGCGAUGCCAGACUGGCUGGGCCUCAGCCAACGUCUCUCCGUCUCCGAAAACCAGGGAGCAGCUGAGGGUUUGUUUACUCGCCCAGCAUCUGCUGUUGGCACGUGCCCUGUCUUCUCUCCUGUCUUCUCUCUGCCACUGUGCCAAGACACAGAGAGACAGAGAGGGAGGGAGGGAGGAAGGAGCCUGCGGGAAGGGGCUGCUCAUCGGGAUGAAGGGGCGUUUGGGAGAAGCCACUCCCAGCCCUUGGCUCUUUGCCAGCUGCAGCUGACACACUGCAGCACAUUUCUCUGCUGCCGGCAAGUGUGAUGUGUAUGUUGCUGUGCAGGGGGGAGGGGAAGAUAGGGGGAAAUGCCUUUUAAAAAAAAUAAAACGUGGUACAUGGAGGCAGGGUUGGUGGAGGGGGGAAAAUGCUAGCCGUGAUUGCUUCCCCCUCCACUCUAUGUAUCAUUUGCUGGAAAUCAGGGGUGGAGUUGUGCUCAGGUCCUCUCCAGAACAUCCUUCGCUUUGUGGAAAGGUUGCAGCAUUUGGGGGUUUUAUAUGUGCAGGGGGGAGGUGAAUAAGGGUGUAUAAAUGACAAGAGGUGUGUAUAUAUUAAUGCAUGGAUACAGUGGAUAUAAAGCUCUCUUUUUUGCCUCUCACAAGUCGUAGUGGUGGCCACCAGCUUGGGUGGCUCUACAGGAAGAUCAGACAAAUUCAUGGAGGAGGGGGAGGCGGCCACUGGUGACUAGCCACAACAGCUAUGUUCUCUCACCCACCCACCCAAAACUAUCAGAAGCAGUUACGCUUUUGAAUAGCGCUUGCUGGGAAUCACAAGCGGGGAGAGUGCUGUUGCGCCCAGGUCCUGUUUGCCGUGAGCUUCCCAGAAGAGGCACCUGGCUGUGAGAACUGGACUGGAUGGGACCCCCUUUGGCCUGAUCCAGCAGGCUCUUCUUACCCUCCGUCCCAGCCCUCAUUCCAGAAACCAAGGGGCUCAAAUCACCCCCUGGAUGCCUCAGUUAACUGAGAGGCAGUCCUGAUCACAGUGGGUGAUCGGAUUUCUUUUUUAAAUGAAAAAGGGGUUGGGGUCGCAGGAGAGAGAAGAGGCUCUUUGUGCAAAUGGGGACACCCUUUUGGAAGAAUGCGGGGAGGGAAUCAUAGACUUUGGGGGCAUCGUAUUCUUCAGUAAUGAGAAGUUCAGUUCUUAACGCAGCUUUGGCCCACUUGAAGCUCUCCAGGUGUUUUAAACUACAACUCCCGUCAGCCCUUGGUAGCAUAGCUGUCUGAUGGGAACUGCAGCCCAAAACAUCUGUGCUAGCAAGGGUGGGGUCACACACACACUGUCCCCCCCCCCCCGGGCUUCCCAGCAGUGAGAAUAUCAAUGCACAGCACUUCCUAGGGUUCGGCUUCCUUUAGAGGAGCAAACAUGAGCCUCUGUUGGAGCCUGGCCUGUCAGAGAAGUGGAGAGCGUCAGUGGAGGCAAAGGGAGCAGGUGUUUCCGCAAGGCAAGGGGACAGAACAACCCCCCUGUGAGGAAACACCGCAGGCCCUUUUUGUUCGCAGAAAGAGGCAGGGGUGGCCGCCCACCCAGAUGGCUUUAAAAGAGGAUUAGACAAAUUCAUGGAGGAUACGGCUAUCAAUGGCUAUUAGCCAUGAUGGCUGCGCUCUGCCUACAAAGUUGGAGCCAGCAAUGCUUAUGGAUGCUAGUUGUUGGAAACUUCAGGGGGAGGUGACCGCCUCAGGGAGCAGGAUCCACAGGGCAGCAGAUCUGGUCUCCGAGGAAGGCAUUGCCUCUGUUGCUCCCGACUGCAGCACGUUCCUUGGAGACCACGUCUGCCCCCUCCUUAGAGUUGUUGUUGAGUCGUUUAGUUGUGUCCGACUCCUCGUGACCCCCUGGACCAGAGCACGCCGGGCACUCCUGUCUUCCACUGACAACCGCAGUUUGGCCAAACUCAUGUUUGCAGCUUCAAGAACACCGCCCCACCACCCUGUCCUCCGUCGUCCCCACCUCCUUGUGCCCUCCAUCUUUCCCAACAUCAGGGUCUUUUCCAGGGAGUCUUCUCUUCUCAUGAGGUGGCCAAAGUACUGGAGCCUCAGCUUCAGGACCUGUCCUUCCAGUGAGCACUCAGGGCUGAUUUCCUUCAGAAUGGAGAGGUUUGAUCUUCUUGCAGUCCAGGGACUCUCAAGAGUCUCCUCCAGCACCAGAAUUCAAAAGCAUCCAUUCUUCGUCGAUCAGCCUUCUUGAUGGUCCAGCUCUCACUUCCAUACAUCACUACUACAGUGUCCUCUUGGCGAAUAGGAGGUGCUGCUGGUCCUCUACCACCCCUGGGGAGGAAAUGGCAGGGAGCAGGGGCCACGCUCUGGGGUCUCCUGGUGUAAUCAGAGCAGGCCCCUUCCCCCUGCAAUGGCCUUUUAUUCCCACUUCAACUGUCAGGUGAGGUUGGUUGGAUUCCCUCCUUGUCCCUGAUGUAGAUCUUCACUCACCCUGUCUUCCCUGGUGGGAGGGGGGCACCAUUUUGUGCUGUGCCUCAGGUGUCAAAACAUCUUGGGCCAGGCCGGACCUUUGGGGCACCUGGCUGGCCACUGUGAGAACAGGAUGCUGGACUAGAUGGGCCACUGGCCUGAUCCAGCCGGCUCUCCGUGUGCUUCCACUUGCUCGGCUCUCCUGGUUUCAGACAAGGGACAUUCCCAGCCCCACUGGGAGAUGCUGGUGACCCGACCUAGAUCUUCUGCGUGAGCUGCCUUCCUGCCUCUUCCAACUGCCAACAGCUGUUUGUUUCUCUCUCCUACACAGAGAUGUGCAAGUUUCUGCACACAGUCCUCCCAAUUAGCUCCCAUUAAGGGCCAUUCUGGGCUAUUAUCUAGCAAUCUCCUUCACAAAGAAGCAGUCAGGUGGCUUCCCUUGCAGGUACCCUGAGGGGAGGAGUUCUUCUAAGGUCAGCCGGGUGCCACAAGGUGUUGCUUAAGGCAAACCCCAGAAGAACAGAAGCUUAUAGUGGGUGUGGGGCCAAAUGAGGAGGGGGCAGCCUUGCAGCUUCAAGCCACAGCUGUGACAAUCUCCCUCCUCAUUGCAAAACUACCACAUGACACCAGCUCUGCCCUCCACCCUCUCACAUCACUUUUAUUGUGGAUGUGUGAUGGUUUGUCCUUGUGCUUGCAUUAUAAACAAUUAUCAGAAGUCCCACUUUGGGGGCAUGUUUGUCCAUAAAAAUAAACUAGGAAUAACAAUAUGGUUGGCGGCUGCAAAACUUUCAGGGCGGACGUUCGGUUUCAUUUCCAACCGAUGCAAUCUCCGUGAGUUCCCGUUGGAAUCUUAUUAACUAUUUAUGCCUAAAACGUCCCGGUUUAUCUCGUCCAUAUGGCAAAAACACAGUAACUUUGGGAGAAGCAUCGCAGCUAAUAAAGCAGAAUGAUGUGUGGACACAGUCCAGGAUAAACCCGCCUCUAAUGCGCGCUUGACUGGGACGCGGGUGGCGCUGUGGGUUAAAGCACAGAGCCUAGGACUUGCCGAUCAGAAGGUCAGCGGUUCGAAUCCCCGCGACGGGGUGAGCUCCCGUUGCUCGGUCCCUGCUCCUGCCAACCUAGCAGUUCAAAAGCACCUCAAAAUGCAAGUAGAUAAAUAGGUACCACUCCAGCGGGAAGGUAAACGGCGUUUCCGUGCGCUGCUCUGGUUUGCCAGAAGCGCCUGAGUCAUGCUGGUCACAUGACCCGGAAGCUGUACGCCGGCUCCCUCAGCCAAUAAGGCGAGAUGAGCGCCACAACCCCAGAGUCGGUCACGACUGGACCUAAUGUUCAGGGGUCCCUUUACCUUUAAUGCGCCCUUAUUGCAUCAAUAACAUGGAUUACUUCAAUACUAGAAUUGCUAGUCUACUGACAUUUUAAUUUUUUGAAAGCCUUACAUUGCUAUUGCCUAUUUCUCUUACCGAUAAUAUUGUUUUCUCUUUUUUCAUAAACCUCUUUGAGGUGGUUAGUUUCAAGUGGUGUAUAAAAUUUUGUGAAAUAAAUAAGCCCUGGUGCAGAUGAGGUUGUGUGUGUGUGUGUUUCCCUCCCAACCACCCGUUCAUGAACUUGAGGGCUCGGUGGCUUUGUCCUUACCCCUCUCCGCUUCUUCCUCCGCAGUUCGGCCAAGGAGCCCAGCGUGGGGAAGGUGCGGGACGUGGCCUCUUUCCGCCGCCACUUCAGGAUGGGGUUCAUGACCAUGCCGGCCUCGCAGGAGCAUGCCCCGCACCCCUGCGCCAGCAGCAUGGCGCCCCGCUCCCUCUCCUGCCACUCGGUGGGCAGCGUGGACAACAGCUCAGGGGAUGCAGCCGCAGGAUCCCGGAAGCCGCCAGCGAAGCCCAAGCGCCACCCCAGCACCAAGCUCAGCGCCGAGGCCAAGUCCGCCCUGGAGCCGGCGGGGAGCAAGAGAGGAAGUAAGGAGCGGGACGGGGCUGCCCUAGGAAGCAGAGCCAGAAUGUGCCGGGGGGGCCAGGGUGGCAUUUGGGGUGGUGGGGCUGUGUUGCUUGGAGAAGCAGGCCUGCCUGACUUGCCACCCCUGGGGCACAAGCUGCCUGCUGGACUUACAAAACCAGCCAGCAGUGGGGGGACAGGGGACAUGGUGGGAAGAAAACAUGGCAGCUGGGGUUACCCAAUCAGAAGACAAAGUGAGGGACCCCAUUGCCUCACCUCAAUAGAAUUGGAAAAGGUUCAGAAAAGGAACACGGAAAACAAUGGAGGGGAUGGAGGGACUUCCUUUGAGGCAAGGAAAAGGUGAGGAAGAGGGGAUAUGAUAGAAGAUUAUAAAAUGAUGCCUAGCAUGGAGAAAGCGGACAGAGAAAAGUUUUCCUCGCUCUCUCGUAGCACCCAAUGAAGAUGCAUGUUGGAAGAUUUAGGACAGAUAAAAGAAAGUGUCCCGUCUCCCCGCCAAAGCGCGUAAACUUUGGAACUCCCUGCCAGAGGAGGCAGGGGUGGCCACCAACUGGGAUGGCUUUAAAAGAGGACGGGACAAAUCCAUGGAAGAGGAGAGGGCUAUCCAUGGCUUCUAGCCACAAUGGCUCUGCUCUGCCUUCACAGCUUGAAGCAGCAAUGCUCCUGAUUAGCAGUUGCUCGAAACGCCAGGAGGGGAGAGUGUUGCUCUUGUGCUCAAAUCUUGCUUGCUGGUUUUCCAUUGAGGCUGCUGGACUAGAUGGGCCGUUGGCCUGAUCCAGCGGGCUCUUCUAAUGACGACUGUGUUCUCCCACCACCAUAGGAGGCUUCUCGCCUCUGAAUACGGGUUGCUGGGAAUUGCAGGAAGGAAGAAUCGCUGUCACACUCAGGUCCUCCUUCUGAGAACAGGCUGCUGAACCAUCUGGGCCUUGGGCCUGGUCUUUUGUUGUGAGCUGUCUCAACUGGGGGGGGGGACACACAAACAAGCUGCGUUGUCCCAGCCCAUGAGCGCCUGGGUGAACCUGCCUCAGACCCCAAGGUAAGAGCUGGGGCAGUUAAACCAGGUACCUCGUGGACAGAGGCCAAGGCAGCUUGUUUUUUCAACAGCGCAGGUUAUCGCCUUUGCUGGUGAUACACCGCGAUGUUGAAAAGCUGAUAUCGUCCAGCGCUAGUGGGCCCCUGGGAGAAGCAUCAGGGGGAAGCAUCAGCCUGGGAAGCUGCCCAUCAUUCCCAGAGAAAGAAUGACCUUGGAGAUCCAGCAGCAGCUCAGUUUGCACCCGGACGCCACCUCUCUUCCCUUUGCAGCACAUGGCACCCCCCAGAGGAUCCUGGGAGCUGUAGCUUGUUAAGGGUGCUGGGAAUUGUAGCUCCAUGAGGAGUAAACUACCAUUCCCUGGAUUCUUUGGCAAACGUUUUCGAUGCACGGUGUGUACGCAACUGGAGUAUUGCACGUGCGUCCUGCAGCUGAGCCCCCUGCCUCCUUAUCCGGCCACCAUUUGUCUUGCUUUUAACACAUGCCCUUUUCCCUCCUUCGCUGUUCCUUUUCUCCACCAGCUUCCCACAAGUCAAGCGCAGAGAGCCGAGAAUCGGGGCGCAAGGUUCCCCCGCAGAAGCCAAAACGCAGCCCCAACACCCACUUAUCUGUCUCGUUCGACGAGACGUAUUCAGGUCGACUUCCGGGCCCCGCUGCGGCCGGGGCAAUGCAACGCUACGGCCGCGCCUUCUCCCACAGCCAGGCAAAGGGCUCUGACGCCGAGGAAGACGAGCCCGUGUACAUCGAAAUGGUCGGGGACAUUUUCCGGGGGCCCGGCCUCCCAUCCCAAGCGCCCCCCACAGCCGACGAGGACUCUGACGAGAGCGAAGCCAUUUAUGAGGAGAUGAAAUACCCGCUCCCUGAAGAAGGUGGGGGGGAGUCCCGCCCCAAUGGGGCCCUGGCCUCCCCGCGCCACCGCCCUGUGAAGCGGGAGGCUGCCAAGGCGGCAGCACCACCGCCAGGCACCAAGACGUCCCCCUGCGAGAUCCCUCCGCCCUUCCCCAAUCUCCUGCAGCAUCGCCCCCCACUGCUGGCAUUCCCUCAGGGGAAGAAGGGGUACAAACCCACAGGUCAGGACGGCUCCAAGCUGCCCGUCCCCUGCCACAGCAAGGAGGCGCCCUCCGCCCCCAUGACCCCACAGGUCCCCAGUCAUCACCACCACCAACACCACCACCCACGGAGCAGUGAGAGCGCCGCCCUGGGGCCCUCUGGCCGUGCCCGCAGCCACUCCACGCCGCUCCCUCCACAGCCCGCAGGCCAGAGCAAAGCAGAGAAGGAGCUCCCCAACUCCCACAGCAUGAUCUGCCCGCCGGCCAAGCAGGCCCCGGCGCCAGUGCUGCCCGCGGCCUCCGUCCCCUCCAUGCUGCCGGUGAAAGAGAAGCCGGCUGUUUCCUACACCAUGGUGUACUCGGCGGUCAAGGUCACCACACACUCCGCUCCGGCCGAGCAGAAGACGGAGAAGGAGAUCUCGGUGCUGCACGGCCUGCUGUGCGCCCGCCCGUCCACCGUGCCGUCCUGCAAGCAGGUACAGCGGGCGUGCACGCUGCCCGACCCUCCGCCCCUGGGCAUGGUCUGGACUUACCCUGCGCCCUGCGUGGGCAUGAAGCGCCCGCCGGCAUACGAGAGCGUCAAGAACGUGGGCACCAAGGCUUCAUCGGCGGUCAAGAUCCAGCUGCAGGACCGGGCAUUCACCAGCAUCGCCUGCUCCCACGUCCUGUCCAGCGAGGAGUGCGGCCGGCCCCCGUUGGGAGAGGAGGAGCCCUUUGGAUGGGUCCUGCAGAGGAGGAUGGGCUACGCCAGCCAGAAGGGGAAAGAGCCGGAGAGUGAGUGUGGUCCAGAGGCGCCAACCCUUGGGCGGGGCAGGUGGGGGCAGGGAGACAAUUCUGGCUGGUAUUCUAGGGGUUGGGAGGCUGAACGUUGAUGAAGCUUCUCUCCGGGGGAAAAUGCUGCCUUUGGCCUGGGGUCACCCGCAGGCUGGCACUAAGCCAGUGAGAAGGAGCGUGGUGAGGAAGAGCAGCCAAAGUGCCCUUCUAUUGGGGAGUGUGGCUGAGUUUUUUCAUCCCUUUUGGGCCCAGCUGCCAGCACUGGGAGAGGGCGGGUUUCCUCCCUAGGGGACCCUUUCUCCAACCACUUGCAGAACGAAUGAGGCUUCCAGUCUAACAAGAAGUCGAUCCAGAGAGUUUUGGGUUCUGGCGGCAUGCCUCCCUGCCCAACCUUCCCAAGGCUCCAGUGGUCCCUGGGGAUGCACGUUAUGCAGGCCUCCUGCGCUGGCUGACCCUGUCAGACAGGUGUGAGCAUACGCGGGAGCUUUCCCACCUCCUUGUGCCCGUUCCUGCCUCCCUCCUUGAGCUCGUUUUUCCCUGACUUUUCAGAGGCUGCAGAAGGCCCCCAGGGAUGGGACAGUGGGGAUGGCGCUCCACCGAAAAUGGAAAAGGAAGAGAAGGCCCACCAGCCGCCGGUGGUUCUGCAGUCGGGCAUCCCUGUCCGCGCCCCGGGGCCAGAGGGCCUGGCUGCCAAGAUGCCAGUGGGGAGGACAAAUUUGCCCAUUCCCUGCCAGACCUUCCCUGCCUGUCAUCGUAAUGGAGGUGAGGCUGCCUUUGCCGGGGGCGGGGGGCUUGCAAGGCGCAGCCUUGCUUUUGCGGGGUGGGGGUUGUGAGGGAUCCCUCUUUGUUCUCUGCCUCGUUUUGGCUGCAGAACUUGUAUGCGAUGCAGCUGCAAAAGAAAGGAGCAGGUGACCUUCAAAUGAGGACAGACUGCAGCAAGCAAGUGCAGGAUGCAGAGGAGAGAGAGAGAGAGAGAGAGAGAGAGAGAGAGAGAGGAAAACACACACUGUUCAUCAUGCCAGGCUCUUUUUGGCUGGGGGCUAUUCCCGAGGGUCCCUCGUUUCCCCUGAAAUCCUGCUUUGCUGUUGGGGUUGAGGGGGAACAGAGGAUGCUACCUCAUACUGUGUGACCAUUGGUCCACCAACCCAGUACUGUCUACACUGACUGAGAGGGGCUUGUCCAGGUUUCAAGCAGGGAGUCUCUGCCAGCCCUACCUAGAGAGGCCAUCGGCGCUUGAACUUGGGACCUUCUGCAUGCAAAGCAGGUGCUCUCUCGCUGAGCUACGGACAUUCCCCAAGGAAGGAAGAGGGAGACUUCAUUGUUUUUGCUUUAUUCAGUGUACAAGGCUGUUGCUCCCUUUCAGACACAUUCCUGGCACGCCUCCUCUUAGAGAGAAAGACAGGCAACAUCGGGGGCCAGCCAUGAUAGGGGGGAGGGAGUGCUUAGUAGGGGGUCCCAUUGCUCAAUAGUCUGUUUCCUGCUCUCCCCUCGCACACCCCAGAUUUCACAGGGGGCUACCUUCUGGGCCGCUCGGCAUCCACCUCUGGCGUCCGACAUGCCGUGAUUCACGCGCAGAGACCGUGCAGCCACACUCGAGACCCAGCCAGCCUGGUAUGUUGGAAGUGAAGGCUGGUGGGGUGGGGGUUGAGUGGUUGGAAAGGGUUGGGGCCUAGUGGCUUAGACCGAGGGAUUCUGUGUGUGUGUGUGCACACCUGCGUUUCUCUGAAAACAGAGAGGAAGCCUGUUGUAUCAGGGCCAUGGGGCACAUGGCAGCAGGAGAUCAGGUCCUGGGUGACACUGGGUGGCGCCAUCUUCAUUUUUAAGGGCUGGCAAAAACCUUUCCCUUUUAUCUCCGAUUUUUGGCCCUUAAUUUGAAGGAUUUAGAGAGUAUCUGCAGCCUCUUUUUGGUGGCUGAAGGAGAGAAUGUGUUUGGAGUCUGCCACAUCUUCGCUUCCUUCAAUGACACUUUUGUCCAUGUAACUGACCUGUCUGGCAAGGAAACAAUCUGCCGAGUAACUGGUGGCAUGAAAGUGAAGGCUGACAGGGACGAGUCUUCUCCUUAUGCUGCUAUGCUGGCUGCCCAGGAUGUAGCUCAGAGAUGCAAGGAGCUGGGAAUCACUGCCCUUCAUAUCAAGUUGCGGGCUACAGGUGGAAAUAGAACAAAGACUCCUGGGCCUGGAGCCCAGUCAGCCCUCAGAGCUCUGGCUCGAUCUGGCAUGAAGAUAGGGCGCAUUGAGGAUGUCACCCCUAUCCAGUCAGACAGCACUCGCAGAAAGGGCAGUCGCUGUGGUCGCCGUCUGUAAACAGUAGCUGUUAUCUUUCAUCAUUAAAGCUUUCCAAUAAAAAUAAAAUAAAAUAAAGGAUCAGGAUCAGUAAGAUCUGCCCGUUAUUCGUACAGUGAUGGUUUAUAAAGUUUUUAUGGGUUGUGCUGAUUGGUUAGAGUUUCUCAUUGUGCUUGUAAAUACACUUUGGGUCAUUUUCUUGAGGAAAGCAACAAAUGAAUAUUAACAAAUAGCAGCGACACUUAAUUUUACAAAUGCGUCUCCUUUCCCAGAUUUUGUGGGGGAAACAAAUAGCUGCAAAAUUACUUGCGCUGUUUUGGUGUGCGUAGGAGUAACAUAAGACACAAACUGUUGAGACAUGAACUGACUCAGACCCAGCCAUUGUCACCUGAGGCCCUUCUCCAGGAGCCAUGGGGGGGGGGGUCCAGAGGGUGGCGACAAGAGAACAGCCUUUUCAGCAGUGGCUCCCUACUUGUGGAAUGCUCUCUCCAAGGAGGCAUGCGUGGCGCCAUUUUUGUCUAUGUUUAGGUGCCAAAAAAACCUGUCCUUCCUACCUGGACUUUUGGCACUUAAUUGGAAGGGUUUGGGGUAUCUGUGGCCUCUUUGUGGGGCAGGACCCACCUGUUAUCCGUGUUAGGGUGGCUUUUUAGUUUUUUUCUUGGUUGUGCUCAUUGUAAUUGGUCCGAGUGAUUCCAUUUUUUCUGUAAGUUGCUUUGAGUCGCUUUCACGAGGAAUGCAACAAAAUAAUAAUAAUAAUAAUAAUUCAUAGGCUAAAAAAGGAGGUGUAGGAUGUAAAGAGAUAGAAAAGAAUCCUACUCGGCAUAUGAGGUUUCCCCCUUGCUCUGCUGCUCCACCAACACUAAAAAUUUCAGCAGGACAUAGGCAGCUGACAUGCCAAGGCGGGCUCAUAAUCUAUCUUGUGGAGGGAAGUGCUUCCAUUAGUGCAAAGAUUUUCAGCUGCGCAGAGGAACUUCCUCUCUUCCUCUCCUCGCUAAUCUGUUCUAGGUCCCCACCCCCACCACGCUCCAGAGCAUAUUUGGGGAGGGCAACAGAUCCAGCUGCUUGUGUCUUAGAGCAGCCUUUGCCAACCUGCUGCUCCCCAGAUCACUUCAAACUAAAUCACAUGGUCUGAUGGGACUACAGAUGGGUGGGGCUAAUGGGACACCUGGCAGGCCCCAUGUUGGCAAAGGCCGCCUCAGAGGGAGGAGGACAGCCUUGCUGGGGACAUUUUUUCUCCCCCCCUGCCCACCUCCAAUGACAAUGUCCUCCCAACCCCCUUUCCCCCUUGCAGGCCUUGCAGCACGCACAGCUGCCGGCGUCGGGGGCCCCACAGAGCUCCCGCGAGAGGGACGGGAAGCUGCUGGAGGUCAUUGAGCGCAAGCGGUGCGUCUGCAAGGAGAUCAAAGCACGGCACCGUCCCGAGCGCAGCCUGUGCAAGCAGGAGAGCAUGCCCAUCCUGCCCAGCUGGCGGAGGAACACGGAGAACCGCAAGUCCGGGACGCCGCCCUGCCGCCGCCAGCAGACGGUGCUGUGGGACACGGCCAUAUGA